UAUGCGUAUAACACACUGAUAUAUAUGUGGUUGGAGUGACUAGAUAGUAUCAUUCUCGUUCAUGAAAUUGAAUUGAACGGGACAAGUCCGGUUGUAAUUCAGAUAACCAACUUCAAGCAAAACUAUCACGGGUAGCACUGGAUUUCAUUGAGUUCAUGCAGCAAAGCGACCGAUACCUGCUGAAAAUGGGAGAAGAAACAGAGAGCUCCGUGAAUAGAAACGAUUACCAGGACAUGAGGGAUGAAAAGGAGAACGGCGUGAGGUACUACACACGCGAGGAGGUGCAAGCCCAUAACAUGAGCAAAGACCCAUGGCUCAUUAUCCACGAUAAAGUUUACGAUAUCACAAGUUUCAUGGAGGAGCAUCCAGGAGGUGAGGAAGUUCUACUGGAGCAAGCCGGAGCAGAUGCAACGGAAAGUUUUGAGGAUGUGGGCCAUUCCACAGAUGCCAGAGAGAUGCUCCUGCAGUAUUAUAUUGGGGAACUCCAUAUGGAUGAUCGAAAUACAGAAUCAAAGAAGGAAGUUUACAUCACAACUUCUAGGGAGUCCAGGUCAUGGACCACCUGGUUAAUUCCUGCCAUAGCCGCUGCACUUGUGGGCAUCAUGUAUCGUUACUAUAUGUUGGAGCAUAAAUCUUCCUGAACUCAUGUUAAUCUUUCACAGCUAUUUUUCUCUUGUCUGGAGGCCUUGACUUGAUUUGAAAGAGUGAGCCUCUAAACUCACUCAUCUCUAAACUCCUGCUUAUCCUCUCUUCUUUCUACCCAGCUGAAGAUUUUAACAUGAUUAAUAGCCUGUUCUUCUCGCAAUUUAUAUACUCAUGCUAUUUCUUAACUAGGUCACUUUUUCUGCCAUCAGAUUCUGUAACUGUUUUUUUUUUUUUAUUUAUUUGGAAAAUAUUUCAAAUCCUUUAAGUUAAUCCAGAGCAUAUUAGUUGGGAAUUUCAGGUAUAGUUCAGCUCUUGCCAAUAGAUCCUAAUUAGCUGGUAUUUUGACAAAUCACUUGUCCACAGCCUUGAUAUAGCUGCUAUUUGAUGUUUGUCAGGAUUUUGACCAAAUGAUAUCCAAGCUUCCGUAGUGGGAUGAGAUAGGACGGGGAGGUGCGUAUACAAGAGAAGCCCUGUCCUAUGUUAUUAAUUUGUUACAUAUGAUAUCUUAUAUGCUAUAGCCCUGUCAUAUGUUAUUUUUAAAAAGUUACUAAUUUAAAUACAACAUGGUUUAAUGAAAGCUAGGAAAUAUUGUCAUAUCACCUCCAUCAGGCAACACGCAAUUGCUGAAAUGUAAGAAUUGUUGCAAAGUUACAGUCAGAGAGUGCUUUAAAGUUUUAGACAUGUAGGCUCUUUUCUUACAUUGAAGAUUUAUAUAAUGUGGUACUUGUAUCUGCAAACUUGAAAUUGUAAUUGUAAUUAUGCAUUUAUUGGGAGAUGUUUAAAUGUGUUUUGAAAGCAGUUUGUUUUAAUGUUGGUGAGAACAUUAUUGUAAGUGUUUGAUACUUGAACUGUUGUACAGUCUAUAGAGUAUCUGCUCAUAUAUUCAUUACUAUUAUGCAUAGGCUUGUCUAUUAAGUCAUUGUUAGCAACGCAGGCACUUGCAUGUACUCUCUAGCUCUGCUGGCACUUCAUGAUGAACCAUUAUAUGCAAGUGUUGCCUUUAACGUUCUCAAGUAAACCAAAAUGUUUUCCUUCAACAUGUUCUGUUUCUUGUUCAUUUUUUCAAUACUUUAUUCUUGUUAUUCUGUCUCUCAAUGUAUUUCCUUUCCAAACAAUGUUGUAUUUAAUUCAGGUAGCUCUUAAAGAAACACAUCGAGUGAAUCAUUGUUAAACAAUAUAUAUUCAAAUGCAUUUCUGAAUCAGUAUAGUUAUCUGUGUACACUUUCAAGUCAUCCUCAUGCAUUGUUAUUAUUGAAUGAUAUAACCUGUUUCUGAUUUGGUGUUAUAGUUUUUCUUUGUAUAUUCAUGCAGAAUUUACCAAAUUGUCAUGUGUCGUGUUUGAGUGUCAUGUUUUCCUUUAAAAUCAUUUGACAUGCCUGCAACCAUGAAAUGUGCAGAUUAAUACUUCUUCUGCCAUGCCGAGUCAAUGUGCCCAGCUUUGUGUAAAACUUUUUCAAAUUUUCAUGUUUUUGUGCAUUUUAUAUGUGUAGAUUUUACGACAUUGUCAUAUUUUCAUACAGUCACAUUCUAAAGUUGUUAUAAUUUACAUAUAGUGGUGGAAAAACUUUUAUAGUAUGACUCAUUUUCUGCUCUUUUAGUUCAACAGCAGGACAAAUAGCUCAAGGCCUUUAAUAUUUCUGAGAUAAAUGUUAUCUAUUUCAUCAAAAAUAAUUUAUCUGUCCACUUCAGAAUAUCUGUGGUAUGUCAGGGUGUUAAAAAAAUCAAUAAAAAAAUCGGCUGUGUUUCAAUAAAUGUUUAAAAA